AUGCCUUCUCAGAUUCCACAAUGGCGAGAGCCAAUUGCCAUUGUGAGCAUGGCUUGUCGUCUCCCAGGCGGAAUCGACAAGCCGCUGGAUCUAUGGGACCAUGUCCGAGCAGGCCGCUCGUCUGCUACGGCGAUACCCAAAGAUCGAUUCAAUGCUGAGAACUUCCUGUCUAUGGAUCCUAAUCAGAAGGGAGCUCAGGCCUUUAGGGGUGCUCACUUCGUUAAGAGGGACAUUAAGCAGUUUGAUCACAAGUUCUUUGGUAUCAGCAAAGACACGGCUACAGCUAUGGAUCCUCAGCAGAAGCAGCUCCUCGAGGUUGUCUAUGAGUGUCUUGAGUCAGCCAACAUCUCUAUGGAAACAAUCUCAAAGUCCAAGAUCGGCUGCUAUUGUGCCAUGUUUGUGAGUGACUACCACGACAUGCUCAUGCAAGACCCUGAAUAUCUUCCCACGUUCAUCGCGAUUGGAACAACACGAACCAUGCUUGCAAACCGCAUCAGCCAUGCACUCGAUCUCGGUGGACCCAGUGUCACCAUCGAUACUGCCUGUUCGGGUGCCCUGGUAGCCCUUCAUCUUGCCUGCCAAGCACUGCAGGCUGGUGAGUGUGACGGUGCUGUGAUUGGUGCAUCUAAUCUGUUCCUGAGUCCUGAUUAUGCACUGUCUUUGACGCGUCUCGGUGCUAUUGCUGCGGAUGGUCAGUGCAAGACGUUUGAUGCUAGCGCUAAUGGAUAUGGACGUGGUGAAGGAACCAAUGCAGUCUAUGUCAAGAGACUCAGUGAUGCUAUCAGAGAUGGCGAUAGUAUUCGAGCAGUCAUCAGGGGCACUUCAUCCAACAGUUCUGGUGCCACUCCAGCCAUCACUGAGCCAUCAGGCCGGGCUCAGGCAGAUACCAUCUUGCAGGCCUAUGCACAGGCAGGAAUCAACGAUUUCAGUGAGACAGGAUACUUUGAGUGUCAUGGAACAGGCACUCCUGUUGGUGAUUGCAUAGAGCUGGGCGCCGUUGGCUCAGUCUUUUCCGAAAGCCACAAGGCCCAAGAUGCACUCUGGGUCGGUUCUACAAAACCGAAUGUCGGACACUCAGAGGCUGCUAGUGGUUUGAGCAGUCUCAUCAAGGUGGUCUUGGCUCUGGAAAAGGGCGAGAUCCCUCCCAACACGAAUUACAAAACCCCCAACCCCAAGAUUGACUUUGACGGAUGGAGAGUUCGUGUUCCAACUGCUCCCCAGCCAUGGCCUCCCAAGUCCAUCCGCCGGGCAAGUGUCAACUCCCUUGGUAUCGGUGGAUCAACCGCCCACGCCGUUGUUGAGUUCUACGAGCCUCCUCAACUGACCAAUGGUUCAGUCAAUGGUGCAAACGGAGUAAAUGGCGUUCAUGGCAUCAAUGGCACCAAUGGUAUCAACGGUACGAAUGGUGUGAACGGCCAUCACGAAGAUGAGAAGAGCAACGACCCGUACUUCCUUCUCUUCACAUCCGGCGCUUCAAAAGACUCUCGAGAUACCAACGAGCAGAAUCUCUUAGAGUUUCUCAAAACUCACGAAGAGUGCAAAAGCCUGACUAGUUCCCUAGUCAAGGCGCUCAAUGCUCGAAGCCAGAUCAACGUCCGUCCAUGGAAGUCGUUCGCUGUUGCCCAGUCCGUUGAUGACCUCAUCCAACAACUAGAGACCAACGCACUCAAGGUUGGAACAAGCCCUACAAGCGGCGGGUCACCGCGAGUCUUGUUCACGUUCACAGGCCAAGGAGCUAUGUGGUCGCAGAUGGGGAAACGUCUCCUCGAUGCAUUCCCUGUGGCGCGCAAUAGUUUGUACAAUCUCGAGGAGGUCGUGAGGGAGCUUCAAUCUUCCAAAACACCAACUUGGUCGUUGAUAGACAAGCUCACAACUGAGCUCUCUCAAGAAGAGAUCGACUCGCCAGCUCUCGCGCAUCCCCUCUCCAUGGCAGUCCAGAUCGCAUUGACAGACGUUCUCUCAAGCUGGGGCGUCCUGGCAGACGGUGUUGUUGGUCACUCAGGUGGAGAGACGGCCGCUGCCUACGCCUGCGGUGCUCUCACAGCCAAGGAGGCCAUCACAGUCGCUUACUACCGAGGCAUAGCCUGUCAGAACGCUCCAUCAGGCGCCAUGUUGGCCACCAGAAGCGCACCUGAUGCCAAGGAGCUACAAGAUGCAUUGAAGCGAAACGAUGUGCAGAUUGCCUGUUUCAACGGUCCUCAGAAUCUUACCCUCGCUGGAUCUGCUGAGGGGGUCAAGAAUGUGGCUGCUGAGCUCAGCACUCAUGGCAUUGUCUCUAGGGCUGUUGCAGUGACUCGAGCCUAUCACACUCGCGCCAUGAAGACUGUUGUGGAUGAAUACGUCGGUCAGCUCAAGGGUCUUAUACUACCCAAGGCUGGACGGGUUCCGAUGUACUCGUCUGUUACUGGCCUUGAGCUCAAGGGUACUGAGGUUGACGCCGACUACUGGGGAGCCAACCUCGUCUCCCCGGUUCUUUACACCGACGCAGUCACGCUGGCAUUGACCUCAUCAGACCGCAAGUUCGAUCUUUGCGUUGAACUCGGACCUCACUCUCUGCUCUCUCGCCCAACAUCUGAGAUCGUCAAGUCCCUUCCUACCGCCCCUCAACUUCCCUUCUUCGCUACGAUGCUCCGAAACGCAGACUCAAGUCAACAGCUGAUAAGCCUAGCUGGAGACUUGGUUCUGAAUGGGAAGCAGUUGGACUUGGAUCAAGUCAACAAGAUUGCUGGUAAGGUUGGACGUCUUCCCAAUCACAUCCAAGACAACCUUCCGGCUUAUGCCUGGGACUAUUCCUCGACGCCGUGGACCGAGCCACGAAACAGUCAGGAAUGGCGGUUUAGGAAAUCGCCGCGGCAUGAGAUUUUAGGAUCGCGCUGCAGAGGAGUGAAUCCUGCGGCUCCGACAUGGAGGAACAAGGUGUCGAUUGAGGAUGCGCCUUGGCUUGUUGAUCAUCAGGUCAACGGUAUCGUGACAUUCUCCUUCACUACCGGCAUCGCGAUGGUGGUUGAGGCCAUGAUGCAGGUACAGGAGGAGAACAAGGAGAUUGACUGGACGAACUAUUCAUUUGAGCUCCAGGACUUUAUCUUUUCCAACUCCAUCAUUCUCCCUGAUGAAUCACACAUCGACCUUUUCCUCACACUCAUCCCAGACAACGAUAAUGCCAAGUCGGAAGAGACGUGGUAUGACUUUACUAUCUCAUCCCUGAGAGGCGAUGUCGAUAUCCGUCAUUGUCAUGGUAGAGCUUCAGUCCUCGAAUCGAGCAACGACAAGGUCGCUCUCCGCCGCAGGACCUCGUGGCACCACAUGCCGCUCAAGGUCCCUCUCAAGAGCUACUACAAGACUCUUGAACGGGUUGGCUACGGCUACGGUCCCAAGUUCCAGCUUCUCAAUGAAGUUCGCGUUCGCCCUAGUCUUUCCGCUUGCUCUGCCAAGAUCAACAUGACAUCGACUGCUCAGUCUCCUGUUCCCGGCCAGAGAUACCUCCUACAUCCAGCGAUGAUGGAUGCAGCGCUUCAAACACCUGCCUUGGCUAAUCGCUCUGGACACUUCCAAGAGAUUGAUACGUUACUUCUUCCAUCCAAGAUGAAGAGAAUCUCCAUCCGUAUGCCUGCUGAGAACACGGCCGUCGCGUCUUGUACUACCAACACUUCACCUGUUGGGUUCAGCAGGAUUCAAGGUAGCGUUGAGUGUUACGACUCGUUGUCGAGACCUUUCUUUGUGGUGGAAGGCCUGCAGAUGGAUAGAGCUACAAGUGAUGACAACACUACUCUACCCUGGCUGAGACUUGCUUGGAAGCCUGACAUUGGCGACAUCUCGAGCAGUGACCCCAUGCUCAGCUCCAUCAAGAUCCAGAGCCUUCCCGCAGAGAAGAAGCUGAUCAACCUUGAGAACCUGGUCAAGGAGCUCAUACCACUCGUCGUUGAGAACGGCAUCGAAAAGGGCAAAGACCUAUCUUCCCACUUACUCAGCUACCAUUCAUGGUUCCUCGACCAGGCUGAACUUCACAAAGACCGCCUAGCAGCUCGCCACAAGCUCCAAAACGGCUUCGCAACACCCCAAGACGCCAUAAUAAACGUCGUCGCCAACUCUGGUAUCUCCCAAACCGUUGACGCAUCAAUCGUAUCCCAACUCGCCAUCAACAUGUCCCAAAUCUUCCGCGGCGACGUCGAAGCCCUAGCAGUCUGGCUGGAGAACGACCUACUCUACCGCUUCUACGAAGAGAGUAUCUUCACCACCAGCAUGAACCAGAAACUUCUCUCCGUCGCUGAGCUCCUGGCGCACAAGAACCCCAACAUGAAGAUCCUGGAGAUUGGUGCUGGAACUGGCGGUGCGACUACGGAGUUGCUGCGCGGGUUCUCCAAGGCGGGAGGGAAGAAUGCGUAUCAGUCGUUUACUUUUACGGAUAUCUCGGCUGGGUUCUUUGAUAAGGCGAAGAAGAAGUUUGCGCAGUGGGAUAGGAUUGAGUUCAAGACUUUGGAUGUUGAGAAGGAUAUUGCUGAGCAGGGGUUUACCGAGAAGUACGACCUUGUUGUUGCGGCCAAUGUUCUGCACGCCACUGCCGACUUGCCUUUCGCUAUGAAGAAUAUCCGAUCUCUACUGCGAGACGAUGGAUACCUCUUGGUUGGUGAGCUGUCGGAGGACCUAACUUCAGCCAACUUCCUUUGGGGACCCUUGACUGGCUGGUGGCUCCGCCCUCGGUCACCUGGUCGCUCCGGCCCUGGUCUUACUCUCGACGAGUGGCGCAACGAGCUCGCUGCCGAUUUUGACAGCGUCUCGGAGAUUGAAGCCAAGCACGACAAGACCGACACUGAGCAACUGUCGAGCACGAUCGUCAUGAUGGCUAGAGCAAAGCCCGUUGAGUAUACUCCGCCCAAGCUGCUUUCUGAGGAAAAGAUACACAUUGCUGGAGUCGGCAGCGAUCUGUCCACUCGAGACCACCUUCAAAAGUAUCUCGGCACGCGUGGCAUUUCUGCAAGCUCUAGUACCCUCGAAGAUCUUGCUUCGCGAGAAUGGGCUGGAGAAUGGCUUAUCCUCGUUGAUGAGACCGAAGGGAGUUUCCUCGCCUCUCUCCAAACAGAGCAAUUGACCGCACUCAAGUCAUGGCUCACAAAGCCUAUCAAGUGCAUCUGGGUUACACGCAAGGUAUACCUCGAUCCCCAGAACACAACAGGGGGUCUAGUGACAGGUUUCGCACGAACCCUCCGCGGCGAAAACAGUCAAUGUCAACUAUACACUCUUGACUUGAGCAGUGAUGGCGAUAUCACAACCAACGUCAUCUACCACGUCUUGGAACGCGCUCAUUACUCGCACAAUGACCCGAUCUCCAAGUUGGACUACGAGAUUGCUGAGAAGGAUGGGCAGCUCUGGACGUGCAGACUUGUCAAUGAUACCGCGCUUGAGAAUGCUUAUGGUCCUGCUCGUAAGAUGGAUGCUCCGUCGUCGCAGGUGGUGAAAGCACCUCAUCACUUGGUCAUGGGAGAGGUUGGUAUCUUGGAGAGUCUGGCUAUGGCGCAAGAUGAUGCGUACUCGAGCAUUCCAGAUGGGCAUGUUCUUGUUGAGGUCAAGGCUGUCGGACUUGAUGAACGGGACGGAUACAUCGCACAGGGAUCUCUUCCAGCGACAUCAUUCGGUCGUGAGUGUUCGGGCGUCGUCACCAGAUGCGGUGCGAAUGUCACAUCAUUUAGCCCUGGAGAUCGUGUCGCCAUCAUCGGUCAAGGGACUUUCACAACUCAGUACCUGGCACCUUCAGACUGUUGUAGGAAGAUCCCUGACUGGCUUUCAUUCGAGGACGCAGCAGCUAUUCCUACAAGCUUCGUCACUGCUUUGUACGCCCUGACAACGCCAGCGAGAGUAUCAACAGGACAGAAAAUCCUCAUCGUCAACGCGUCGUCUACCCAAGGCAUCGCCCUCAUCAAGACCGCAACAGCGCUCAAGCUAGACGUCUACGCCGCCAUUAGCGACGCAACAACCAAGCCCAUCCUCACCAGACUCGGCCUUCAUUCCGCCAAGAUCUUUGUAAAUCCCACUAACUCCAGCCGCUCCAGCGUCUCUCGCUCCACGACCUUCCAGGCUUAUAAGCUCGUAUUGAACACCAAGGCGGGUCAAUAUGCUGACUUUUCUCAUUUGGUUGCGAACCGUGGAACGUAUAUUGAGACUACAUCGGGUGACAGUUCUAGUGAGGAGGCUUAUUUUGUGCCGAAUAAGAACGUCAUGUUUGCUUCAGUUGAUUUGGCGGAUGCUUAUCGGGAGAGCAAACAGGAUCUUGGAACCCUGCUUGACCAAGUCAUCGACAUGGUUGAGAAGCGAGAGAUCGAUAUUGAUUCUUCGGUCUCGGUGAAGGGACUUGACUCUCUACAGUCCUCCUUUAGGGCAGUGAUAGAAGGUACUCCGAACAAACAGAUUGUAUCGCUCAGCGACAUCAACGACCAGCAAUUGAUCAAGACACGGCCCAAGACAUCACGCUUCAACCCCCACAAGACCUACAUCAUCACAGGCGGUCUCGGUGGUCUAGGCCGUGCCAUUUCAGUCUGGAUGGCGAGCUACGGCGCUCGACACAUCGUUCUGGCAACCAGCUCUGUUGCCCGUGCCUCAGAGUCCGGCGAUCUUCUCCAACAGCUAUCAUCGUAUGGAUGUAAUGCCAGAGUUGAAGUCUGCGACGUCGGCGACUCCGAAGCUGUAGAGCAUCUUGUUUCUUCUAUCGAUACUCCUGUCGGUGGAGUUAUUCACUCUGCGUUGAAGCUUAGCGACUGCUUCUUUGAGGAUAUCACUCUCGAGGACUUUGAUGCCGUCUUUGGUCCCAAGGUCAAUGGCUCGCUGAACCUCCAUAACUCUCUACUCGGUCAAGAUCUCGACUUCUUCGUCAUGCUUAGUUCAGGCUGUGGUGUUUUGGGUAAUGAGGGUCAAUCCAACUACGCCGCAAGUAGUACUUUCCUCGACACCUUUGCCCGAUAUCGUCAAAGUCUUGGACUUCCAGCCUCGUCUGUUGAUCUCGGGUUCGUCGAAGAUGUCGGCAACAUCAGCGAGCGUCCCGAGAUCCAAGCCUCCCUCUUAUCCCGCGGUCUUAGGCCCAUCACAGUCCGAGAUGUCCUCCGUGUCGUCGAGGGUGCCAUCGCAACCGGUUCACCCAAGAACCUCAUCAAAGACUCUACCUACGAUAGCUUCGUCCAAAGCCAGAUUGUUCUCAGCUUCGGCAUGAUCGACAGAGUCACAACAGAAUACCAAUCCUGGGCUCAAGACCCAAAGUUUGGCCUUCUGCGUUCUCGAGCCACUGACAAUGCUGCUCUUGACUCCGAUGCUGAUGGCGGAGAGAGCGCAGUCCAAACAGCUGUCAAGGCCUUUAGGAACACUCUCGGUCGAUUGGGAGAUGCGCCUGAAGGCAAAGAGGCAGCCUUACAGCCGUUUGUUUGCACUGCUCUUGUCGCUAAGUUGGCGCAAGUACUGUCGAUCAAGGUUGGCGAUAUUCAGCCUUCGAGAUCGGCGAUUCAGUAUGGAAUGGACUCGCUUAUUGCGAUUGGUGUUCGGUCUUGGGCGCGAUAUGCGUUCCAGAUUGAUUUGCCUAUUAAUGACUUGACGAACCCGUAUAGUAUUCAGGAUCUGUCGGCUAGGGUUUCUAGAAUGAUUGUUGGAUGA